AUGGAGGCAGAAGCUGCAACUAAAGUUUUGGACAUGUACAAGGAGAUCAUAAUAUAUCUCGUUAUUGUAUACGAGGGUUUUGAACCAUAUAUAACACAGAUGGCUGACCAGUGGGUAAAAUAUGUUAAAAGAUUCGAUCAGCUUUUGGAGGAUGCUCUACGUUUAUCCAUAAAAGCUACUAUGCAGAAUAUGUACAAAUGCGUUCAUGGAGAUGAGGAAAUAAUUCAUAUAAUAAGUACAAUACCAAGAAUAUACGAGAAGUUCUCUCUCCCGGCCGGUGGUUUAAAGAAAUUUUACGAGGUUAUUCAAGUUGAUGCUGAUUGCAACAAGCUUCAAGCAUUAAUUGAUAGUGAAAUCGACUUUAAUAUAAACCUUAUAAAUGACCAUAUUCGUAUGUGGGAUCCUUACGCACAUAUCUGGGAGGUUGAUAAACAUCAAUUCAUGGCUAAGUAUCUGGAAGAAAAACAUAGAGCGAUUGACUUUGAUCAUUUGAUUAUAGCUUACAGCGAUUUAGCAAAUGCUGUACAAGUCAAAGAGACAGUUAAUCAAGUUCAUUUUGUCACUUUAAAUUCAAGCGAACUGAAAAAGGCAAUUAUACAACAUUGUUUAACGUGGCAGAUUAAAUUGGGCGAACUAUUACGAAAGAUUACUGAAAGUGACAUAGAUGUUGUGUAUGCAUAUAUCGAAAAGAGUAGUGAAGAAGCAAUGACGAUGCCAACGGAUUUAAAGGAACUUGCAUCAGCUAUUGCAACUUAUGAACGGCUCGUCUCCGAAGUUUCUAAAAUAGAACAAACAUUUUCACCAAUAACCGAUGAAAUGACAACGCUAGCAAAAUUUGAAGUAGAGUUGAGUUCAGAUAUGGUUACUCGCCACGAGAACAUACCAGCAACAUGGAAUGAUUACUUAAAUUUACUGGAAGAAGCGAAAAAAGCUUUGGAAUUGAACAAGGACAAAUUUAAAACCGAGUUAUUGGAGCAAGCAGAGGAAUUCAAAGAAACCGCCAAAGUAUUCUGUGAAGAGUUUUAUAAGACCGCACCGUGCUCAUCGGAUAUCAGUGGCAAAGAUGCCAUGGCGCAGUUAAAAGCAUUUAGAAAUCAAUUAAACGCUCUUAGAGCGCAAGAGCAGCAGAUACGAGAUGGCUUAGCUGUGUUUAACUUGACGACACCGGUGAAUCUAGAUCUACAAAAAAUGGAAAAGGAGCUAGAGAAACUAGAAGAGGUUUGGGAGUUGGUCGUGCAGUGGGAGGAUUCCUGGGAGAAAUAUAGAACCCAGACUUUCUGGGAAAUGGAGACUGAUGAGAUGGAAGACAAUGUGAUGUACCUAUUUAGGUAC